UCGAGCGUUACAGGAACUUGGAAUCGGUCCGCGUGAGUCAUCGCCGAUUGGGGUCCAAAAGACUCUGGAGGAAUUCGUCGAAAAAAGUCGGCAGUCCCAUAAAAUAAUAAAUUAAUCGAAAAGAUCAUAGACGUAAGAAGAGAUGAAUCGCGGAUUCCCCAAAAUCAGCGAGCGAUGGAAUGCGGAUCGUGACGUCAGUAGAAAUCUCGUAUAAAGCUUAUGAAAACACGAGAGUCGAACAUUAGAUUACUGUUGCUUGUGCAAGUUGUACUAAACGCGAAAAAAUGAACGGUUCAAGUAUGUUCUCGUUGUUGCUAAUUUUAAGUGCUAGUGCUAGUUACGUAUCGGCAUCGGCGAUACCGAUGUGGGAGUUACUCAGCAAGGCAGAAAAGUUGUCCUAUCUCUACUCGAUGUUUGCGUAUCAAGUGGAGGAAUUCUGCGAAUUUUCGGAAGCGGCAGAUUGUAGUCAGGACCUGCUGAAAUACGGGUUGGCCAAACUGAAAUCGAUGCCCGAGGAUAGUCUGGACACUAUGGAUCCGUACCAAAGAGGCGCCAGUAGUAUAAUUUGGAAUUCAAUCAUGGAAGGUCAUCGCGCAAACAAGCCGAAAGUUCAGACGACGACCGCCGCGCCGAACUUCGAGAACAAUCUCGACCUCUCCUUCGGCGACGAGCUGGGAAGUCAGGGACUGGCGUCCGCUAAAAUAGACAACGUCGUGCGCGUCCCGCCGCCCGCCGAUUUCAAGUACGAGACGCCCAAAUCGCAGUACGUCAUCAAAACGGGAACGCCCGAAUACAAAAUCAGACAGCCCGCGAAAAACGCGCUGCCCUUCGAGGACAUCCUCCACUCCACCGCCCUCAACGACGACAUAGACAACUUCAGCCCGAACACCCCACUGUCCGGACCCAUGGUGGUGCGCGUACGCCUCGACGGAACGCCCGUGGACGACACGUACCGCAAGGCGCCCCAAGACGAAGACCUAAAGCACCACAAGCUCUCCCAAAUCCUCCUCCCUUCGCUCUGAGCGAUCUCAAAGUAAUAUCGACUGUGCCAUUGUGGGCGAGCUUCCCUCCUUUAUAAGAAGUCGAACUCGUCCUGAUUUUGUGAUAUCACUAACCUAUUUAUUGUGAAUUAUGGUUAUUUAAGUGUGCCUGCUUUUAGAUCUAAGUAUUUAUAAACUGGAAUUUUAUUUAUGUUUUUUUUUUUUGUAAUAAAACUAUUAUGUCUA